UCUUCAGUUCGGUUUGGCGUGCGCCACUGGUACCUUCGCCUCGCGUUUCUAAGGGUAUAUAGAGAUAUACAUAUCCAACGAUUUCGCGGCGACAGUUCUUCCUCGAAUGCAAUUUGGUGCUUUGCCCGGAUUUCGGAAGUGCUACUGAUUUUAAGUGCCUGGAAAUAUUUCUCAUUGCAGUGCAAUUUAAGCAAAAGGAAGAAAAGUGCAAGAUUUUUCAGUGUGCUUUUUUAGUGGGUUUUUUGAUUAACUGAAAUUAACAUCGUGUCGCCAUGAAGAUCGAUAGGAAGCUGAUGAUCGCGGCCCUCGGACUGCUCGUGCUCUGCUUCAUCCAAGUUUCGAAUGGAGCUGCAGCGCCAUCACCGGCAGCGGCGACUCAAUCGUCGACGUCGAAAGUCAAGGAUGAUGCGGACGAUUACGUCGACGAUACCGCCGACGAUCCGAGCGACGGGGACGAGGACGCGGAUAACGCGCCGGACGCGAGGAUCGAAACGGAGCCGCAAAUUUUCGAGGUGCCUGUCGGCAGCGACGUCUACCUACCCUGCAAUGUUAUCAACGCCGAAGCCGCAGCCAUUAUAUGGUCAAGGGGUCGUUUGCCGAACAACACUCUCUUCAUCGAAAGAGAGAAAUUGACCGACGAUCCGCGCCUGUCGAUCUUACCAAAUCGUACUCUGCUCAUCAAGAACGUUCAGCUGAACGACUCGAGCGACGAAUACAUUUGCAAGGUGGACGACGACAACAAGAUCGCGCACGAUUUGCGCGUCAAGCUGCCCGCUUGCAACAAAGGCGCGCACGACGUACAGAUGGAGCAUAACGGCGUGCGCGUUACGCCCGCUGCUUGCAACGAAAUCAUGCAAGGUGAAACGAUCGAGCUGGGUUGCGAGGUCAGUCCCCAAAUCAAAGCCAAAAACAUCAUCUGGACACGAAAGGGCGUAAAUAUUCUUCCAGACAGGCAAACCGAGACGGGUCGUUACAUCACGAUUCGCAACGCUUCCAGACACGUCGCUGGCGAUUACGUAUGUGCCGUCGAUACCGGCGAGAAGAAACUUCGUCUCCAGCAUCUGACAUUGCACGUCAGACAUCUCGAUAUCGAGUACGAAAAGGAACAAAUCAACGGUCACUGGCACCACAAAGAUCACUACGCGACUGCUCUCGGCGUCACGGUCAACAUCACGUGCAUCGUCCACGCGCACCCGGGAGUGAAUAAGAAGAUGACGUGGUUCCACAACGGCAACAAGAUCAACAUCGACAACAGACGCAUCACCUUGAACGACGAAAUCAAAAACCAUAAGGUAUUGACGAUCCGCGACGUUAAUAAGGACGAUUUGGGCGAAUACCAAUGCCAUGCUACCAAUGAAGACCGCGACGCAACCGGUCCGAUCAUUCAGCUAGUCGACACGCCAGCCAAGCCGAUUUAUAACAAUGCUGAAAACGAUGACGACUCCGUCGUUUUGCAAUGGAAAGUUAUCAGUUACAAACCAAUUGUCGAAUCCGAGUUGCGCUUCCGUCAACAAAACGACUCUGAGUGGCGCGUAGCUGAAGACGUCAAAGUCAUCAAUAGCGACGGUAAAGAACACAUAGUCCAAGGUACGAUUCGUGGAAUCCAUGCUGGAAAACACGAAGCCCAACUGAGAACUCGCAACGGCGACGAGAGUGACGCCAACGAUGUCACAAAGGACGCCAAAUCAUGGGGACCCUACUCAGAACCUCAGACUUUCGGAGGAGAUAUCGUGAUCCAGACGGCGGGAGUGCAUACGACGGGAGCAGCGAUGCGACCAGCAGGGACGCUGAUACUUUUAGCUGUAACACCAAUAGUUUACUUGUUUUUGUAAUUCGACGAAAAUACCGAACCGAUAUAGGUACACAAUUUUCAGCCAAAGCGUUCACCUGAAAGAGCACGCGUGAUUCAGUCGAUUCAUCUAAGACGCAAGCACGUUUUUUUUUUCAAAAAAAAAAAAAAAAAAAAAAAGAAAAACAACAACAACCGCGUCUUCCACACAACACGAAUACCAAAAAAAGAAAAAAAUUUUCGUUGCUAAAAUAUCCUUCAGCACAGAUUUCUAAAGCUCUUGAAUUUGUUUACAUUUGUCAAUGGCAUUUCAUGCACUCCUUUUUUACGGAUUUCAAAUGCAAAAAUGUACAUAAAUAUAACUAUAUACAAUUACGAUAGCUGCUGCGACAUUGCGUUUUUUCGUUGAGCUUUGUUCGAAAAAAGUUCGAGGAACUUUUUUUGUCGGACACUGUUGAACGUCGAGAAACGAUAUAUUAUUGUAAAGGUGCGCGUGUGCACUGUAUGAUAACAAAAUGUGAGAGUUUUUAAAACUCGGGCAUUAACACGCCUUCUUCGUAAUUAUAUAUUGUAUUUGCUAAAAGUAUGUAAAACUAGGCUAAGAUUAUAGGGCUCUCAAUGCACGCCGCAAAAUGUACGUAUAGGUGUUUCUUCUCUUUCGUAUACAGUAAUACUUUUUUGAUUUCGCAUGGUGCCUUUGAAGUUUAAGCGCUACGUUUACGUCUUGACGCAGUGCUUAGCUUUUAUUACACUGCGUAAUAUAUAUUUUUUUCCUUUACAAUAGAGAAGUUGUAUUAUAACGAAGUGUACAACAAAUUCUAGACCAUGUGUCCGAUCUCGCAGCAUAUUUCACUUUUUUGCACAAGAAGGUGAACAAUAUGCUCGAAUAUGAAAAUUUUUGAUAGAUUUGGUAUUCCAAAGUCACGAGUCUCAUCAAAGGUGUGCCAUUUUAUAAUCACUUUGCGUUAUCAUGUAUGUAGAGCAACAAUUGUUUUAUUUAAUUGUACAACCGUAAGAGAGAAAUUGCUGAAAAUUUUUCACGUUAAUCUGCAU